CGUCCCUGGCCAAGCCCUUUCUCUGUCGCCCCACUUUCUACGACUAAAUUCCGGGUCACGACUUGUAAGCACAUUCUUCAUGGCUGGCAAGCAGCUGGGAAAGUUCAGACAAUGGGCAGGAGAGGUCAUUUCGUCCCGGGACAAGACGACCGUGUCGGACGAAUUCAAAGAGCUCGAGCGGGACGUCGAGCAUCGGAAGGAAGGAGCGCAUAGAAUCUUUCUAGCCUCCGAGGCAUACCACAAGCAUCUCUCCAAGCGGAAGGAUAAUCUGGCGCUGGACGAAUCAGAUAAACUUCUCCCGAUCGAAACGCUGGGCGUGUGCAUGGUCAUCCACGGAGAAGAGUUUCCGCAGGAUUCGCCAUUCGGAAACUCCCUCGUUUCACUUGGCCGCGCGCACUGCAAGGUGGCAACGUUGCAGGAAGGGUUCGCCCAAUCAUUCCAAGAUAACUUCAUGGGUUCUCUCGUCCGUUUUGCGGAGGAUAUCAAAGAAUACGAGGCUCUGCGCAAGAAGCUUGACAGCCGGAGACUCAGCCUUGAUGCUGCUACAACUAAAUUUGAGAAGCUCAAGAGCGGGAAAAAGGAGCGCGAGCGGAAAGAGGCGGAGGAGGAGAUGAAUCUUGCAAAGAUGCGCUACGAAGAGACGUCAGACGAGACGGAGGCCCACAUGCAUGCGAUACAAGAGCAUGAGAUUGCGCAAUGUCGCGAUCUUACUGCCCUCUUGACGCUGGAGAUUGGUUUUGUGGAACAAUACCUAGAAGUUCUAAAGGAAACGCGAGCAGACUGGCCCAGCGAUUCGCCCCGUCCGAAGCCGGCUCCGUAUCCGACCACACCAAAGCAGCACAAAUCAGGAUCUGUGCGGUCGAAACGUUCGGUCGCACGCGUGCCUGACUUCUCAGAGGACGACGAGGAGGUACCUUCUCGGGCACCGAGCCGACCGCCCUCUCGACCUAACUCCCGCGCGUCCCGGAAGCGAGCGGAAAGUGUUGGUGACAAGGAGAAGGAUAAAGACAAAGAGAAGGAGAAGGACAAAGAGAAGGAGAAGGAGAAGGAGAAGGAGAAGGACAGAGAGAAGCGGCGAAUGAGUGUUGCUGGCUGGGCGUCAAACGCUGUUGGAUCUGCCAUGGGUUCUGUCGCCGGCCGGGGAAAGAAGGCUCUGGGCAUGGGGGAGAAGGACAAGGAUUCCUUUGCCAGCUUGACAGAUGAUGGUGAUCGCAGUGAAUCCAUCUCCGACUCGAAUGCCAGCAGUCUGGUCGGAUCCCUCUCCCGUCGCAGCUCCAAACAGACCGCCACACCCAAAGGGGCGAGUCGGAUCCUGAAGCCCCCGUCGCAGGCAUCGCGCCGGUUUGUUCGCGCUCUGUACGACUUCUCUGGGUCUUCUGACGAACUGUCGUUCCGUGUCGGUGACCAAAUUGUGGUGCUGAACGAGGUAUUGGAUGGGUGGUGGAUGGGCGAGCUGCAUGGCAAGCAAGGAUUGUUCCCGACGCCGUAUACUGAGCCGAUGCCCGAGAAGCCUCCGCUGCCCCAUCGUGCAGGACGCGACCACCAAGCCGACGGCGACAACACAUUAGGCCUGGAGAUGGAGAGUGAGGACGAUGAGGACAUCUUCAAUCGUCCGCCGAUGGCUGCCGACAGUCCGUUCUACGGUGUCGAAAGCCCGAACAUGCUCACGGAUGACGACGAUGAGGAGCAAGGACUCGUGAGCCGACCUGCUGCUCCACCCAUCGUUCGGCGCUCGACAACGAGUGAGAUCCCAGCCAAGAAAGCGCCGCCGCCCCCACCGCCAAGAAGAGCGACAAACGUGACGCCCAGCGCCAGUCCUCAGAUCCCGGAGCGCCGCCCGCCGUCGCGUGCAAAAUCGAUCGGAUCUAUCGGUCGAAGCGCGGGCCUAGCCGUUUCGUCUGAAAGCACCUACGAUCGGUCGCCGUUUGAGAGUGCGACCGAGCUGGGACCGAGCCAGAGCGGCUGCAUAGAUUUCAAGCAGAAUCCGUUUAAGGCUCCGGGGAUGUGUAGCAACUGUUUCGAGAUGCAUGCUUAGUACUUACAUACAAGUUACGAUGAUCUAAUUUUGACAACUAAUGAUGACUUUGCCAAUCACAAUCUGUGUUACCGGAACUUUGCAACAGAUUCGACGUCACUUUUCGGAUUUCUGGCUCUAACCACGACGACCAACUGUUUGUGACCCCCGGGACUGCCAAGGCCCUUCGGCACAUGCCUGUAACGCUGAAUAGCCGAAAGAUCGUCAUCUUAGGUUCCCCUUCAGUGGGCAAGUCGUCGCUGGUCGAGCAGUUCGUGGAGAACAACCAUGACUUCUCUGAGUCAUAUUCUCCGACCAUUGAACGAACCUUCCACAAGACAAUCCAUUUCAGAGGCGUCGACUAUCCUUGUGAUCUGAUCGACACAGCUGGACAGGACGAGUUUUCCCAGCUCAAACCGCAAUAUGCGAUUGGAAUACAUGGCUACGUAUUAGUCUACUCGAUAACAUCACGCGCGUCCUUCGAUUUGAUCCGGACCAUCUACGACAACAUCAUCGAUUACUGUGGACUGCCCAAGCUGCCCGCCGUCUUUGUCGGAUCCAAGGCGGAUUUGUACAUGAGGUGGGUCCACUCCAAAUGGAAACUAUAUCCGUCCGUUCUGACGUCAUCAAUCAUUCCAUGCAUCUGCAGCCGCCAGGUCGAUUCGCGCGAGGGCCAGCAGCUUGCGCAACGUAACAGUGGGGCCUGGAUUGAGACCAGUGCGUUGCGCGGCGAGAACAUAUGUACGUACUGACCAUCCGCGUCCGUUCAUAUCAUCGGAGGCUGAGCCAUCCUGUCCGUCAGCCGAAGUGUUCGAGCUCUGUCUCGCGGAAAUCGAAAGAGCGAAUGCGGUCCCUGUUCAACUUCCUGAGGACCGCGACGGAAAGUGUGCGAUCAUGUAGCACGACUGGCUCGUCUAGCUUGCUAUCAAUAGUAUAGUUUGAGGAGACCCAAUCAGAUCAAAGCAUCCAAGUGUAAUUGAUUCCGUCCGUCUGAUUGAUGAACCCGCGUGGCUUUUAUUGGUCUCUCAUGUUCCAAGACUCGCCAGAAC